GCGGGCGGGAGCGGCCGAGAGCCCAGCGCUGCCCCAGCCCGACCUGCCCCAGCUCCAUCCCUGCCCCUGCCGCGGGAUGCUGUGGGUUUGGGGGGAAGAGGGAGCCGGCAGUGGGUGCUGGGCCUGGGGCAGGAGGAGAAGGGAAAGAGAAGCAGAAUUGAGGAACAAAAGGGUCAAACGAUGCAUGAGGGAGGAGAAGGUGGGAUUGUGCAGGAGAAGGAGGAAGAGGAGUGGGAGAAAUAGCAAGGACACUGGAUGUGGAGGAGGAGCAGAAACAGGAGGCACCACAAGGUUCCACUUCUCCCUGUAUCUGCAACUUCCCUGCCAGCCCCAGUAGCAUUCCCCCCCUACCAUGCAGCAGGUAACCGGGAAUUGGGAUCCACGAUUUUCCCGGGGGUGAAUCUUGGUGUUUCUGAGCUUUAUUGGGCUAAUUGUUGGUGCUUUGUUUUUUUGUGGGGGCUGAAUCUUUAUAUUUGGAAGGUGCUUUUGUUGAAUCUUGAUGUUUGGGAAGUUUUUGAUCUGUGUGUUGAUGUUUGGAGGACUUUUUUGCUGAAUCUUGGUGUUUUGGAGGUUCUUAGAGACACAAGAUGCCCAAUGACUUAAUGAGAUGAACUUGGGCAAGGAGGAGCUCCCAGUCCAAGGCACUCUCAUUUUGUUCUUUUCCCCAAACCAGGAUUUUUCAUUCCUAGGACGUGUGUGAAUGGAGCAGGAGGAAAAGCCCUGGAGAUUCCGCACGAGGAGGGGCAGCAAACCCAGCCCAGGGAGCUGCGGGGAGGAAAGAGCCCCCCUGAGCCGGGAAGGCGGCCGGAGAUGCAGCCAGAGCUCAGAGCUGGUGGAGAAGCCCCAUGGCAGAGAGAAGCCCCACAAGUGCUUGGAAUGUGGGAAGGGUUUUAGUCGGAGCUUAGACCUGAUCCAGCACCAGGUGAUCCACACUGGGGAACAGCCCUACGAGUGUGAGGAAUGUGGGAAGCGUUUCAGCUGGAGCUCCAGCCUGACGCGGCACCAGAGGAUCCACACUGGGGAGAGGCCCUUUGAGUGUGAGGAGUGUGGGAAGAGCUUCAGCCAGAGCUCCAUCCUGAUGCAACACCAGAGGAUCCACACUGGGGAAAAGCCCUUUGAAUGUGGGGAAUGUGGAAUGAGCUUCAGGCAGAGGGGGAGCCUGAUGCAACACCAGAUGAUCCACAGCGGGGACCGGCCUUACGAGUGUGGGGAAUGUGGGAUGAGCUUCAGCCAGAAGGGCCACCUGAUGCAACACCACAGGAUCCACACAGGAGGAAAGCCCUAUGAGUGUGGGGAAUGUGGGAAGAGCUUCAGCCAGAGCUCUGGCCUGAGGAGACAUGAGAGGAUACACACUGGGGAAAAGCCCUAUGAGUGUGGGGAGUGUGGGAAGAGCUUCAGCAUGAAAUGCAAGCUGACGGAACACCAGAAGAUCCACUCUGGGGAAAAGCCCUACAAGUGUGGGGAAUGUGGGAGGAGCUUCAGAGGAAGCUCGGCCCUGAUUCGGCACCAGGCGAUCCACUCAGGGGAACGGCCCUACACCUGCUUGGAAUGUGGGAAGAGCUAUGGGUGGCACACUGACCUGAGAAAACACCACCAGCGUGUUCACUCUGGGGAGAAGCCCUACAAGUGUCCCCAGUGUGGGAAGAGGUUUCACAGGAGCUCCGAUCUCCUCAUACAUGAGCGGAGUCACAGGGAGGAGAGGCCCUUCCGCUGCCCCGACUGCGGGAAAGGCUUCAAGCUAAACUCCCACCUCACCCUGCACCGGCGCAUCCACACGGGGGAGAGGCCCUACGAAUGUGGGGAGUGUGGGAUGAGAUUCUCAUCGAACAAUGACCUGCUGGUACACCAGAGGAUCCACACUGGGGAACGGCCCUACGAGUGUGGGGAGUGUGGGAAGAGCUUCAGCCGGAGCUCCAGCCUGAUCAGCCACCAGAGGUCCCACAUUUGGGAGAGGCCCCAUGAAUGUGGCGAGUGUGGGAAGAGCUUCAGGCACAACUCUGUCCUGAUCCAACACCAGAGGAUCCACACUGGAGAAAGGCCGUACAAGUGUUCCGAGUGUGGGAAGAGGUUUCCGACCAGCUCCCAUCUCCUCCGGCACUAUCGGAUUCACAGAGAGGAGAGGCCCUUCCAAUGUCCCGACUGCGGGAAGGGAUUCAAGCACAACUCCACCCUCGUCACCCACCAGCACAUCCACACUGGGGAGAGGCCCUACGAGUGUCCCCAGUGUGGGAAGAGCUUCUCCAGCAGCUCUAGCUUGACCUGACACCAACGGAGACAUCACUAAGGGAAGCCCUGCGAGUGCCCCGAGUGCGGGCAGAGCUUCGUGCGCUGCUCCAGCUCCAUCCCCCACUGGAGGAGGCACUUUGGGCACAGCCCUGGUCACUCACAUUCCCUGUGAUCCAUGUUGGGAACACACCUGGCUGUUUCUCCUUUUGGUUUGGCCUUAAUUUUCCUCUACUUCACCUUCAUCCUAUAAAAACACCCAAAACUGGGUUAAAUGAAGGAAAUUGAU